AUGGCAUCAGACGAGCAGGUGUGGCAUACGGCCAUGCCACCCCCCCGCCGGAGCAGCGCCACGGCAACAGUCCCCCGGUCCCCCGGCUCGGCCUGCAGCCCCCGGUCCCCCGGCUCAGCGAGCAGCCCCCGGUCCCCCGGGUCGGCCAGCAGCCCCCGGUCCCCCGGCUCGGCGUGCAGCCCCCGGUCCCCCGGCUCGGCCUGCAGCCCCCGGUCCCCGGGCACCCCUGGCUCAGAGAAGGUGGCCUCCCCGCUGGAGUGCUCCAUCUGCUUCUCGGGCUACGACAACGUCUUCAAGACACCCAAGGAGCUGUCCUGCACUCACGUCUUCUGCCUGGAGUGCCUGGCACGGCUGGCGGCGGCCCAGCCGACGGGCCGACCCGGCAGUGAGGCUGUGCCCUGCCCGUUCUGCCGACAGCCCACAGCUGUGCCCGCCACCGGGGCCCCUGGGCUGCGCACCAGCCGUCAGCUGCAGGCCAGGAUGCCGGCCCACCUGCGGCUGGAGGAGCCUGUCUGGUUGGAGGGCACCAAGCUGUGCUGCUGCCCCCAGCCCUCUGCACCUGGCCUCCCGGGCCCUGGCUUCGUGUGCGUGGAUGUGGGCCUCAGCAAGCCCGCCGAGCCCGCCGCACCCAUUCCCAUCCCGGGCCCUGCCAGCCGCCGGGGCCGCCUGGCCCGCUGCUGGGCACGCUGCAGGGACUGGAGGCGCAUGGCACUCGUCACGGCCCUGCUGCUGGUGCUCUUCUGCGUGGUGCUCUGGCCCGUGCACUGUGCGCUCAGGACCGGGAACCUGCACUGCCUGUCCCGGCCUCCGGCCAGCACUGCCCCGGCCACUGUCACCUACGCAGCCACCUUCUCGCUCGGGCCCCUGGCCGACAACUAGAGCUGUCCCAUGGCCCACGCGUGGGUUCCCAGCCCACAGCUGGAGUCACAGGUGCAGCAACUGCUGGGAGUGAGCUCCCCAGGGCCCCAGAGGAGCCCCAACAUCUCGGAGGACCCCCUUUGGCUCACUGCCCCCAGUCUAUGGGGCUGGGUCCUGAUGGGGUGAACAAAUGCUCCCCAAAGCCUCCAAGAGUCACAGGCUCUUGUGAGCCACAGGGAGCACCCCCUCACUGCCACUGUGCAGCUGGGGAAGCAGGCCAGGAGAGACGGCCCGGCCAGGCCCCUCCCUGCACACACUGUGAAUCGCCCACAGAGCAGCCCCUCGCUGAGGGGGGUGGGCACGUCACCCCCACUUUCACCGCUCACCUGGGGCUCCUUCCCCAGACCCUGCCCAGGCAGGGGGGCCCCUUCUGUUGGCGGGGGGCCGACCAUGCCCUCCGACAGGGAUGCAGAGGAGAGGAGCCAAGAGCCAAGCCUCCCAGUGCCCAUCCCGCCCUCCUCAACUGUACAUUUCUCAAUAAAUUGUUUUGUAUCCACA